GUCACAAACACAGCAUCAUUUGUAGCUUUUCCCACAUUUUAAGAGACAAACAAAACCUUAGUCUUUGGUCUGAUUUGAUGGCAAAAACAGUUCAUAUAGCUGUUGUUUCUAGUCCUGGUUUCAGCCACCUUGUCCCUAUUGUUGAGUUCGCUAAGCGACUUGUCAAGCUUCACCCAAAUUUUCAUGUCACCUGUUUCGUUCCCUCACUUGGGUCACCCCCGGAAUCCUCCAUAGCCUACCUUAAAACUCUUCCUUCAAACAUUGACUCCGUCUUUCUUCCUCCAAUCAGCAAAGAACAGUUUCCCCAAGGACAAUACGUCGGACUCCAAAUUCAACUCACCGUUACUCUUUCUCUCCCAUCAAUACACGAGGUUCUCAAAUCCUUGUCAUCUAAAGUCCGUUUAACUGCAUUGGUGGCCGAUGUUUUUGCAUUCCAAGUCUUGGAAUUUGCAAAGGAGUUCCAUGCCUUGUCCUAUUUUUACUUUCCUGGUUCAGCUAUGGCAUUGUCACUGCUCUUACACAUGCCAAAACUUGAUGAGGAGGUUUCGGGUGAGUUAAAGGACCUGGUCGAACCUAUAAGGUUACCAGGUUGUGUACCACUCUUGGGGGUUGAUCUUCCUGCUCCAACCCAAAAUCGAUCAAGUGAAGCUUACAAGAGUUUUCUUGAACGUGCCAAAGCAAUGGUUAUAGCAGGUGGGAUUAUCUUCAACACCUUCUUAGAAAUGGAACCAGGUGCUGUAAGAGCAUUAGAAGAAUCGGUAAAUGGGAAGAUCAAAUUGUACCCUGUGGGACCCAUUACACAGAAAGAGUCAAACAGUGAGGCUGAUGAGUGUUUAAGAUGGUUAGACAAGCAGCCUCCUUGUUCGGUGUUGUAUAUUUCUUUUGGAAGUGGUGGAACAAUGUCUCAACACCAAAUCGAUGAGCUAGCUUUGGGUUUGGAAAUGAGUGGUCAAAGGUUCUUAUGGGUUUUGAGAGCGCCCAGUAAUUUACCUAGUGCUGCUUACCUUGAGAGUGCAGAGGAGGAGCCUUUGCAAUUCUUACCCAAAGGGUUUUUGGAAAGGACAAAGGAGAAAGGAUUUGUUGUGGCGUUAUGGGCACCUCAGGUUCAGAUCCUUGGUCACAGUUCAGUCGGUGGGUUCCUAAGCCAUUGUGGAUGGAACUCGGUUUUGGAGAGUGUGCAAGAGGGGGUGCCUCUAAUAACAUGGCCACUCUUUGCAGAGCAGAGGAUGAAUGCAGUGAUGUUAGCGGAAGGAUUGAAAGUGGCAUUGAGGCCAAGAUUUAAGGAGGAUGGCAUAGUGGAAAAGGAGGAAAUUGCAAAGGUGAUAAAGUGUUUGAUGGAAGAAGAAAUAGGUAAAGCAAUGCGUCAAAGAAUGAUGAUUUUUAAAGGUUUCGCUGCUCAUGCACUGAAAGAUGGUUCUUCAAGACAAACCCUGAUAGAGUUGACUAGUGAAUGGGAAAAUUUGAGUGAGAAUUAGGAAACUAUUUCUUUUUUCCUUAAAUUGUUUUAUGUAUUAGUUGUGCUUUGAGUGCUAUUCCUAAUUUGUUUCCUUCCUGCAUUGAGUGGUUUGGAAGAUGAAAUUACUUUUAAGAUGAAUUUAAAGUUUGACCA